AAUAUCUCUCUUACCUCUUAACUAGGAAUGAGUACUCAUUCAAUUGAUUUGUGGUGCUAUCAAUACAUUCAUGGAGGAUGGAUCUCAAAUCUGCAAUGCGAAUGGGACAACAACAAUAGUAGGAGAUCAAAGAGGCAGCAGCACCAGCAGCUUCAGCUGUGAUGGUUGGAAUAAUGCCUGCUCAACUACCUGUGCUCCACAAUGUUCUGGGUUUGAGAAUACUAAUGGAGUAUUUGUUGGUCAUCACUCAGCUGGGCCUUCACUCACUUUUGAGCUGCCACCAUCGAUCUUCCACAUCUUAUCAUCAUCAUACUCAUCUUAUAACCCAUCCACAUCGUCGUGCCAGCCGGUCAUGACAUCGACUACUCUUCUGCAAUCCAUGGGCAACGAUUACCAUCCAUCGCUGCUCCUCGAUGGCUUCCCUACUUUCUGCCCUGCCUUGCCCCUAAUAUCACUGCCACCACCACCGGAGAACGGGCCUGGCUGUAAUGAUGCCAACCAGCCAUCGCAGAUGCUGGCCGCAGAUGAGAAAGCAGCGGCGAAUCAUCAUCAGCAAGAUCCGAGCACCGUUAGUAAGAAGAGAGAGGAAAGGGACAGAGCCAAGCAAAGGUACUACGAGAAGAAGAAGAACAGAAAAUCAUGUACGCAUCCCGAAAAGCGAGUGCGGACACGCGAAAACGAAUUAAGGGCAGAUUCGCCAAGGCUACCAAUGAACACCAACACAUACUACACUCAGAUGCAGCAUAAAUUCACGAUUGAAUAGAUCAGAUAGAUCUUUUUCUUACUUUUUCUCUUUUAGCGGGUCAUGCCUAGGUAGAACACUCUUGUACACAGCACACAAAUACAUACCUCUUAACCCUUUUCUCGUUUUCCUGUAAUUGUUUCUUAACCUUUUUGAUAGUUUGGGGCUCACUCUUUUUAGAGAGAUAGUUUCGGGACACAUUCUAUUUAGGGAGGUACUUAUGGUAGCUGGUACCAAGAUGUAAUAAUACUUUUUGGCCCGGAUAAAUAAAAUCAUGGAUUUUCAUGCAUUAACAAUGCUUGUAUUCUCUGAUACUACUGGUUCUUCAAAAA